AUGUCUGCCCCUGCCACGACCGCCGCUGCCUCGCGUAAACAGCCUCCAUGGCGCGUACCCGUCGCCAAGCCUCAACCCAAGUUGAAGCUAUAUAACUCUAUGACUCGUACCAAGACUGAAUUCAUUCCUCUCGAUGGUAACCAAGUUACCUGGUAUGCCUGCGGUCCUACCGUCUAUGACUCAACCCACAUUGGGCAUGCUAGAAAUUACGUCUCUUUAGACAUUCUGCAUCGUGUUAUCGAGGAUUAUUUUGGCUACAACGUGUUAUUUGUCGAGAAUAUCACGGACAUUGAUGAUAAGAUCAUUAAGCGUGCUCGUCAGAACUACCUUUUCAACAAUUUCAAGGCUGCCACCACUAGUGUCACACCUGAGGCCAUUGCCAAGGCCGAAGCGGCCUGGAAGUUGUAUGCGGAAUCAGAACUCAAGGCCAUUGAUGCCUCUGCUGCAGAUCAGUGGGCUGUCUUCUCGGACAAAAUUAAGACUGAUGCAGCCCUCAAGGCAUCCCUCAGUACUGCUCAUCCCAAAUUCGCUAUGCAUUUCUCAGCACUUCAGGAGGCUUUUGAUGCUAUUGAACAAUCCAAGAAGUCACCUGCCACUACAGAUGCUGCUGCCUUCUGCGAUGCCAACAAAACAACACUCUCCAACUUGCUGGACAAGGAGCUUUCGCACACGGUCAGUGACCCAAAGGUCUUUAGAGACUUGGCCGCUUACUGGGAGGGCGAGUUCUUCAAGGACAUGGAUCGCUUAGGAGUUCGCCGCCCCGAUGUGUUGACGCGCGUGAGUGAAUAUGUUCCUGAGAUUGUUGCGUUUGUAGAAAAAAUCAUCAGUAACGGAUACGCAUAUGAGGCUGAGGGAUCUGUCUAUUUUGACACUGCGGCGUUCGAUGGUAAGGAUGGCCAUCACUAUGCAAAGUUGGCUCCUUGGUCCAAGGGCGAUGCUUCUUUAAUGGAGGAAUCGGAAGGCUCACUCGGUAUUAAGCUGGCUGGAAAGAAGUCGAGUAUGGAUUUUGCUCUCUGGAAGGCAUCCAAGCCAGGUGAGCCUGCUUGGGACUCGCCAUGGGGACCCGGUCGUCCUGGAUGGCACAUUGAGUGCUCUGUUAUGGCCUCUGAGGUUUUGGGUAGUAAUAUGGAUAUUCAUUCUGGAGGCAUUGACUUGGCUUUCCCUCACCACGACAAUGAGCUGGCUCAGUCGGAGGCUUACCAUCAAUGUGAUCAAUGGGUCAAUUACUUUACACACUGCGGUCAUUUGCACGUUGAGGGCCAGAAAAUGUCAAAGUCUUUGAAGAACUUUAUCUCUGUUCAGCAAGCAUUGGAAAAGUACACUGCUCGCCAGCUUCGAUAUUUCUUUUUGCUUCAUCAGUGGGAUACUGGCGUUGAUUUCAGAGAGACCAGUAUGGGAGAGGCCAUCGGUGUUGAGUCAACUUUUAAUAACUUCUUUGUAAAUGCCAAGGCUAUGAUUGCAGAGGCCAAGCACACAGCUCUGGACUCGACUGGAACACACAACUUCCGUCGUCUGGAACUGGACAUGAUUGCAGCUCUCAAGGAGCGACAAAAUGCUGUUCAUGCGGCGCUUUGCGAUUCAAUCAAUACACCAAAUGCAAUGUCGGAACUCUUGGCUUUGGUCUCACGUACGAAUGUUUAUAUCCGUGAUGCUGGCAGGAAUUUGAAUGUGGAGGUGGUCAAUAAGGUUGCUCAGUAUAUCAGCAAGAUGCUCAGGACAUUCGGUUUGGACGGCGUAGUGGCAGAGCCUAUUGGUUUGGCCAGUGCAGAAGGUGGUGCUGGUGUCUCAGUUGAGGAUAUUGCCUUGCCAUACUUGCAGGCGCUCUCCACCUUCCGGGACACCAUCCGUGCUUAUGCUCGUGAGGGGCGUCCUGUGAAGGACAUGCUCGCUUUAUCUGACAAGCUACGCGAUGAGGACUUGGAGCGUCUGGGUGUCUCGUUGGAUGAUCGUGAGGAUGGGACAGCUUUGGUCAAAUUUAUUCCAGCUGAGGAAUUAGCUGCUCAGCGUCAGCUCAAGCUCCAGCAAGCGGCAGAGAAGGCAGCCAAGAAGGAGGAGCUUGCUAGAGCCAAGGAGCAGGCGCGUUUAGCCAAGUUGGAGAAGGGAAAAGUCCCGCCCAUGGAGAUGUUCAAGCAGGGACCUGGUGCUGAAGAGUAUGGCUCGUUCGAGGCAGAGACUGGUAUUCCCCUGACGGACAAAGAAGGGCAAGAGUUGCCCAAGAGCAGGAGAAAGAAGUUGACCAAAGAAUGGGAGGCCCAAAAGAAGCUUCAUGAAGAUUACCUUGCAGAGAAGGCCAAGGGUACCAUUGCUUAA